AUGUUUCUUCGCCAACUCGACCUGACGACUGCUCUUCGUCCUUCUUUGCUACCCGAUGAAACUCUCUUGUUUGUCCAGGACUCAGUCGGUCUUUACGAGGGCAAAUACAAGAUCCCCAACUACCAAAAUGGCCACGCGUACCUGACCUCGCAUCGCGUGUGCUAUGUCGAUAACCAGGAGCCACGCAAGUUUUCCAUCGCCCUUGAUCUCAAGGAUGUCGAAAGACCCGAGUUCUAUGCUGGUUUCUUGAAGUCAUCAGCGAAAGUCACACUGUAUCCCAAAGCUCUGAAACACAAUGCCCUGGCCAUCAGAAGUCCGAAACCUGGCUACCCAAGUCAGGCCAGCCCCUCGGGAUCCACACCUCCGAGCCGAUAUGCCACUCCAGGACAUGCUGCUGCACCCUCACCGGCGCCACUAAGGGAUCCGAAUGCUACUUGGAUAUGUCCUAUCUGCUCAUUCUCAAAUCCUGUUCCCUCCAACUUCGAUCCAAGCACUGCGAAUGAUCGGACGCCGUUGCCACCAUGUCUGGCUUGUGGAAUCAAGCCACCUCUCGUGCAUGUCGUCAAAGCAGCCAUCGCAGCUCUAUCAAAUCGGCCAAGCGGCUCAUCUUUUACUCCCAUACCAGCCACAAGCACCCCACUGUCGUCCUCACCACAAACAACACAGACACCUAUGAGUGUGUCCUUGAACCAGUGUCCACGUUGCACAUUCUCGAAUCAUCCAUCUCUCAGCAGCUGCGAAAUUUGUGGAGCGAAACUCUCGAGCACAGCAGAUAGACGUUCGCAAAUCAUCGAAAGCGCCAUUACUCGACCAGAAUCACCUGGUCCAUCACUUCCUACCUCUGCGUUAGGCGAUACCACCCCAGAGAGCGUCAAACUUUCUUUUCGUGCUGGUGGCGACAAAGUUUUCUACGAGCGUCUGAAAGGCGCUCUGGUCCAGCGAAAGUGGCUUCUUCAAAACGCACCUCCGAUACCCAGAUCACACAACGGAGAGCCUACUCACACAUCAAGCUAUUCGGCAACAGAUGGCUAUACCCCGAUACCUCCACCUCCCAAAGUCGUCGGUAUAGCAGGUCUAGAGCGACGAGGAGCAGAACUCCGCAAGAACAACGAGUUCGUUAUCGGAAGCUCAUUCGAGGACUUGGAAGCUCUCAUGACAUCAGCGAAAGAAGUCAUCGCCAUGGCCGAACGCUUCAGAUCGCAAAACAGCAAUGGCGGAGACAAUGAGCAUGACGCCAACGCAGAAGCAGCUUCUCUCCUCUCAGACAUGGGUCUCGUGACAACAAAAGACAUGCUCUCAGGCAGCGGCGCAGAUCGAACAUACAUUGCCGAACUCUCACGCAAUUUAGCUGAGUUUCUUACAGACGACAAGAGAGGCGUGUUGAGAAGAGAAGGCGGUAUCAUGUCCCUCGUCGACCUUUGGGCAGUCUUCAACCGCACACGCAAUGGCAUCGAGUUAGUCUCACCGCGAGACUUUGAGAGAGCAGCGACUAUGUGGGAUACACUACGUCUACCCAUCCGUCUCCGUCGCUUCAGAAGCGGUCUUCUAGUCGUCCAAGGCCGCGACCGCACGGACGACAAGACCGUCGCGAGUAUCCUGUCCUGGCUCAAAGACCUCCACUCUAUCCCACCAUCCAUGUCAAACACAUCCGAAUUCGCAUUCGGCCGUGGUGUGACAGCGCAAGAAACAGCAGAGAGGUUUGGCUGGAGCGUCGGUGUCGCGACAGAAGAGCUUGAGAUGGCAGAAGAAAGAGGUGCUCUAUGUCGCGAACAAGGUCUCGACGGCGUCAGAUUCUGGGAAAACUUCUUUGCCGAGAUCCCGGUCAAGCUACCAAAGACCAAGACGGCAUCGCAGUUGGAGCAGCUGGAGAUUGAGAAGAGGUUGAAAGAGAGUGGUCUCUUAUAG